UGUCCCACGCCCUGGCCCUGCUGACCACACUGACUCCUGUCUGUCUGUCCCACUGACCUGUCUGUCUGUCUGUCCAGAGCUGACCACGGAGCUGGCGCUGCUGCCCCCGGCCCUGCGCUCAGACCCCUCGGUGUCCCACGCGCUCGCUCUGCGCGCCGCCUGGGCCCUGGGGCUCUUCAGCCGCUUCUUCCGCCUGCACGGCUCGGCCCCGGCCAUGGCCCCGCGCCUCAUCGACCUCUUCGCCGAGCGCGAGCGGCGCCGCGCCCUGCGCGCCUGCAUCAAGGCCUACCGCCCGGCGCUGCCGACGGCCCAGCUGGGGCCACUUAUGGGGCUGGAGCCCCCCGAGCGCCGCCGCUUCCUGGGGGGGCUGCCCCUCACCUUCACCGGGCCCGACCGCGGCGCCAUCGACUGCCGGCAGAGCCUGGCCGCCCUGCCCCACAUCUGACCCACGGCUGAGCCGCCCUGCCCCACAUCUGAGCUGACCCAUGGCCGCCCUGCCCCACAUCUGACCCACGGCUGCCCCAUGGCAGGGCUGCCCCACAGCUGAGCCACCCCAUGGCCGCCCUGCCCCACAGCUGACCCAUAGCUGAGCCGCCCCAUGGCUGCCCUGCCCCACAUCUGAGCUGACCCAUGGCCGCCCUGCCCCACAUCUGACCCACAUCUGACCCACAUCUGACCCACGGCUGCCCCAUGGCAGGGCAGGGCUGACCCACAGUGGGGCUGACCCAGAGCAGCCCUGCCCCACAUCUGAGCUGACCCACGGCAGGGUGGCCCUACAGCUGAGCUAUGGCUGCCCCAUGGCAGGGCUGCCCCACAGCUGACCCACAGCUGCCCCACAGUGGGGCUGACCUAGAGCAGCCCUGCCCCACAUCUGAUCCGACCCACGGCUGCCGCACAGUGGGGCUGGCCCGCAGCUGCCCUGCCCCACAUCUGACCCACAAUGGGGCUGCCCCACAGCUGACCCAUGACUGCCCCAUGGCAGGGCUGCCCCAUGGCAGGGCUGACCCACAGCAACCCUGCCCCACAUCGGAGCUGCCCCAUGGCCGCCCUGCCCCACAGCAGCCCUGCCCCAUAUCCGAGCUGUAUUUGAGCUAUGGAUGCCCCACAUCUGAGCCACGGCUGCCCCAUGGCUGCCCCACAGCAGGGCUGCCCCACAUCUGCCUCACCGUGGGGCUGCCUCGUAUCUGAUCUGCCCCACAGCAGCCCUGAGCCACAGCGGGGCUGCCCCACAUCUGACCCACAGCCACCCCCGCAGC